AUGGGACGCACACGAAAUAUUCGUAAUAUCUCUGUAAUUGGUAAUAAUGAACACGGGAAGACGUCCGUUACGAACUGUCUCACUUCGAGUGCUGGGAUAAUGAUUAUGGAGAAAGAUACAACGGAAAUGUAUAUUACUGUCACAUCGGCAGCAAUUUCACUCGAACUCAAAAUGAAAAAUGAUGAUUUGGAUUUCGUGAAAGGAGAAGACCAAAUGGAAACUGUCGAAAUUGAUGGGAAGACAGAAAAAGUGAAUAGUUUCCUGAUCAAUCUAAUUGAAUCACCCCGUCUUACUAACUUCUCUCCUGAAAUGUCUUCUCAACUUCGUAUCGUCGAUGGAGCCAUUGUAGUUGUUGAUUGUGUCUCUGGUGUUGAGAUUCAAACGGAAUCUGUACUCCGCCAGGCAAUUCCUGAACGAGUCAAACAAAUUCUUUUUAUCAACAAAAUGGAUAGAACUCUUCUGGAAUUGAAACUGGGACCAGAGGAGAUUUAUCAAACCUUCAAAGAUAUCGUUGACAACAUCAACACCGUAAUUUCCACUUUUGGUAAUGAAGAUGCACCAUUUGAACCAAUGAAUCCAUCAAUUGGAAAUGUCGGAUUCGGAUCUGCAGUCCAAAGAUGGGGCUUCACAUUAAAACAGUUUGCUGAAAUGUAUGCUGAAAAGUUUGGAAUCUCGGUUGACAAGAUAAUGAAAAACCUCUGGGGCAAUAGAUUCUUUGAUUCAACCACCAAAAAGUGGAGUAGCACGAAGACAAAUGAAAAUCAGAAACGUGGAUUCAAUCAAUUCGUACUUGAGCCAAUUUUCAUGGUCAUGGAUGCAACCCUGAAUCUUGAAAAAGAGAAAAUCGAAACAAUCUCCGAAAAACUUGGUGUUGAAUUGACUGACUACGAGAAAGAUUUAGAAGGACAAGCAGUGAUGAAAGCAUUCAUGAGGAAAUGGCUUCCUGGAGGAGACAGUAUUCUUCAGAUGGCUGCUAUCCACUUACCUUCUCCAGUGACUGCUCAGAAAUACAGAAUGGAAAUUUUAUACGAGGGAUCACUAGACGACGAAACAGCUCUAGCAAUCAGAGCUUGCGAUUCUAAUGGACCACUCAUGAUGUAUGUAUCCAAAAUGCUUCCAACUUCUAAUAAGGAAAGGUUUUACGCAUUUGGGCGUGUCUUCUCUGGAAAAGUGGUAACCGGGCAGAAAGCCAGAAUUCAAGGGCCAAGUUAUGUGUCAGGACAGAAGAAGGAUUUAUACGAAGCACCGAUUAAACAAAUUGUAUUCUUGAUGGGAAGAUUCAUUGAGUUUAUCGAUGAAAUUCCAGUUGGAAAUGUCUGUUGUCUCGUUGGAAUCGAUCAAUAUCUUGUGAAAGGAGGGACUCUGACCACAUUAAAAGAUGCCCAUAACAUUCGAUCAAUGAAAUACUCUGUCUCUCCAGUAAUGAGAGUUUCAGUUGAACCAAAGAAUCCAGAUGAUCUUCCCAAACUUCUUGAUGGACUGAAAAGACUAACUGAAGUAGAUCCGACGGUUCAGUUUAUUAGUGAAGAAGAAGGAGAGCUCUUCAUUGCAGGAUCAAGCGAUCAUCAUCUGGAGACAUGUAUCAAAAUACUGGAAGACGACGGAUACAUUCCACUCAACACUUCUGAGCCAUUCGUCUUAUAUCGAGAAACAGUUCUAUCCAAGUCUAAUCAGCUUUGUAUGGCUAAAUCACCAAAUAAGAUGAACAGAUUUUUCUGUACUGCGGAACCAGUUCCAGUUGAUCUCAUUAAAGAUCUCGAAAGUGAUCACGUUAAUGGUAUCGAAGGGUACGUAUCUAAAGAUAAUGGAGUGACUCUUGCUAAAAAACAUGGAAUCGCGGAUGCGGAUAACAUUUGGUGCUUCGGAACUCAAGUUGCUGGACCAAACAUUUUAUGUGAUAACACGAAACACUCUGAAUUUAACCAUGAAAUCAAAAAGUCAGUGAUCGCUGGUUUCCGAUGGACAACCGCGGAGGGAGUACUUUGUCAAGAGAAUAUGCGUGGUGUUCAAUUCAAUAUUGUCGAUAUGAACCUUCAUCAAAGGUCAAAUGAAAGAGGAAGUGGUCAAAUCAUCUGUGGAUUCCGUCGUAAUUUCUAUUCAUGUGCUCUCACUGCUGAACCACGUCUUCUGGAACCAGUUUAUUUGGUGGAAAUUCAAUGUUUAGAAGACGCCAUUGAAGAAACUUCUGAAUUGCUGAGCGGUAGGAGAGGUCAAGUAUUUGAAAAAUUCAAAACCUUCGGAGCAUCAAUAUUCACCCUGAAGGGCUAUUUACCUGUCAACGAAUCUAUUGGUUUCAUAACUGAUUCCCGCUCUAUCCCGGGUGUUUUGUCCAUUCCUCAAUAUGUAUUCGAUCACUGGCAGUUGCUACCAGGAGAUCCACUUGAAGACGGGACAAUGGCGAAUAAAAUUAUGUUGGAUAUCAGAAAAAGGAAAGGACUCAAAGAGAGUAUUCCGGAUCUUAAUGAUUAUCUCGAUAAGAUGUGA